CCGGGGGAGGUGGACAGCUGGAUACAUCAGACCUGCCCGCCUCCCUGACCAGCCCGCCUCCCUGACCCUCACGGCCUGAAGUCCAGGAGCUGACUGGGGCUGAGACGUCUGCGGGGGACCCCAGGCAGCAGCGAGGCCAUGUGCCCCCCGCUCAGCGGGCGCCACGCCUGCGAAGGCGUCUCCCGCCUCUACGUGUCCUGGCUAUACCAGCUCCAGCACGGGCAGAUGCGCAGCUGCUUCGCCUGCUUCAAGAUGGCCUUCCUGGAGCUCAAGGACUCACUGGAGGUGGAGGACUGGGACGACACCGACUCCUGGGACCCGGAGCCCGAGCCUGAGGAAGCCGAGGGUCCGGGGCAGCCGGUGCCGGGGGGUCCUGAGGCCUGGGGGGCCGGGGCCUCGGCUGCCACUGCGGGCGGCUCCGAGGAGCUGGGCACCAACGUCCACUUUGUGCCCACCCAGCUGGAUCUGCAGGACGUCGUGGCCCUGUGCCGGGGGCCCGAGGAUUCGGACUGGACCCAGGAGCUUCCCUGGAGAUUUGGGGACGUGCCUUCCUGCACCCACUGGCCCAUCUCCACCGCCCCGUGGCAGGAGCAGCUCCGCUGCAUCAGAGAGAUGCCCCUCAAGGAGCCUGGGGCCCCUGCCCCAGCCCAGGACUAG